CAUGAGUGGGUGCCCAUUUCUAGGAAACAACUUUGGAUAUACUUUUAAAAAACUAUCUGUAGAAGGCAGUGAAGAAGACAAAUCACAAACGGGUGUGAAUAGAGCCAGCAAAGGAGGACUUAUCUAUGGGAACUACCUGCAUCUGGAAAAGGUUUUGAAUGCACAGGAACUUCAAAGUGAAAUAAAAGGAAAUAAAAUCCAUGAUGAACAUCUUUUUAUCAUAACUCAUCAAGCUUAUGAACUCUGGUUUAAGCAAAUCCUCUGGGAAUUAGAUUCUGUUCGAGAGAUCUUUCAGAAUGGCCAUGUCAGGAAUGAAAGGAAUAUGCUUAAGGUUGUUACUCGGAUGCACCGAGUGGUGGUGAUCCUUAAACUACUGGUCCAGCAGUUUUCCAUUCUGGAAACGAUGACACCCUUGGACUUCAACGACUUCAGAGAGUACUUAUCUCCAGCAUCAGGCUUCCAGAGUCUGCAGUUCCGGCUACUGGAAAACAAGAUCGGUGUUCUUCCGAGUUUGCGAGUCCCUUAUAACAGAAGACAUUACCGCGAUAACUUCAAAGGAGAAGAUAAUGAACUGCUACUCAAGUCUGAGCAGGAAAAGACACUUCUGCAACUAUUGGAGGCAUGGCUGGAAAGAACACCAGGUCUAGAGCCACAUGGAUUUAACUUCUGGGGAAAGUUUGAAGAAAAUAUUGUCAAAGGGCUGGAAGAAGAAUUCACAAAGCUUCAGGCUAAAGAAGAGUCAGAGGAAAAAAAGGAACAAAUGGCUGAAUUUCAAAAACAAAAAGAGGUAUUACUCUCUUUAUUUGAUGAGAAACGUCAUGAACAUCUCCUUAGUAAAGGUGAAAGACGACUGUCAUACAGAGCACUUCAGGGAGCCUUGAUGAUAUAUUUUUACAGGGAAGAGCCUCGAUUCCAGGUCCCUUUUCAGUUGCUGACUUCUCUUAUGGACAUAGACACUCUCAUGACCAAAUGGAGAUAUAACCAUGUGUGCAUGGUGCACAGAAUGCUGGGCAGCAAAGGUGGCACUGGUGGGUCCUCCGGCUAUCAGUACCUGCGCUCAACAGUGAGUGACAGGUACAAGGUAUUUGUAGAUUUAUUUAAUCUUUCAACAUAUCUGGUUCCUCGACACUGGAUACCGAAGAUGAACCCAAUUAUUCAUAAAUUCCUUUACACGGCUGAUUAUUUUAACAGCUGUUACCACAGCAGUGAUGAAUCGGAUUAAAAUUAUCUGCAAAAAUCUAUGAAGAACACUGAUUUAUCAGUUUGUUUUUUAAAAUUUUCUAUGACUUUUCAUGAAUACACAGAGUCAUUGUAAUAUAUGUAUAUACAUAGUUAAGCACUGUGGUGCUCUGAUCCAAUCUUGGAAAUAAUUAUAUUACCUCAGUUUUGUAAUGAUAUAAAAUUCAGCACUAAGAUAAGAAAUUAAUUCAGUUAAAUUAUAACAUUGUACAUAACAUAGGGUGUUUUCCUAUUAAAAAACUUAAUGUUCCCUGAUACUUACCUUAAUGUAACCAUUUAAUGUAAUCAUUUCAUUGUUUAAUCCAUUAUAAGCUGUAAACUUCAGCUAUUUCAAAUAUUUUAUGCAAUAAAAUGUGUCAUUCUAUACAAA